AUGUGUGCUCGGCAUGUGUACACCAACUGGAAAAAGAAAUAUGGUGGGGCUGUGUUCAAAGAUCUGUUCUGGGGUGCUGAUGAUGCUUACUACAUAGCACGUUUUGAGAGGCAGAUGGAAGAACUGAAGAAGAUUUCAGUCGCUACAUAUGAUGAUUUGAAGAUUUCUCAGUAUUGUUUGUGGUCAAGGGCAUUUUUCACAGAAUACUCAUCUUCUGAUGCUAUUGAGAACAACUUAGGGGAGCCUUUCAAUGCAGCUAUAAGGAUAGCAAGAACAAAACCGGUUGUGGAAAUGCUUGAAGAUAUAAGAAGAAAGGAUUACAAAACCAGUGAGCAAUCACAAAAAAGAGCUGAAGCUGAUAAGUGUAGGGCAAACUACACUUAUAAAUCAGUUGCAAAACUCGAAGAACAUAUUGAACUUGCAAAGAAUUGCAGUCCUUUGAGUUGUGGAUUAGGAGACUAUGAAGUUAGGUACUUCAAUGAUAAGUUUUUGGUGAAGAUGAGAGGUGACAUUUUUUGUAGUUGUAGGAUGUACAAGAUCGGUGGCAUUCCUUGCUGCCACAUUGUCUCAGCCAUGCGUUUAGAGAAAAAUGCUGACCAAGACCUGAAAACAUUUAUAUCUAAUUGGUUCACCAUUGAGAAACUGGAGAUAUGUUAUGCACAUCCUCUAAAACCAAUCAAUGGCAUGAACAUGUGGAAGGUAAUAACUAAUGUGAGGAUCAAUCCACCUCCGUUUAAGAAACCUCCAGUGAGACCACCAGCAAGACAUAAUAAGAUGUAUUGCAAGAAACAUCCUUUCUCAAAAUCACCCAAGAAUCGACCUGGAAGGCCACACAAGGAAGUAAUUCCACAUGUUUCAGCUGGUCUAUUUAUUCAUGCACCGGAAGGCACACUUGGAAGGAAAUGGUUUGCCUCUGCCUCACAGCCUGAACAUGACGUCCCAAGUCUCUCAUCGGGACUCCCAAAACGAGGGCCUGGAAGGCCUAGGAAAAAGCUCUCAGAAGGCGUCUACAUCAUCUCAUUUUGUAGUAUCAUAGGUAAUUUUUGGUUUUGA